AUGCAUCAUACAUACAACACACUUAACCUCGAACUGUCAUACUUUGAAAAACGUAACAAUACCCCAAUAUUCAGUAAUAUUUUCGUAUCUCGCUAUUUACAAUCACGUAAGGGUUGAAAUAAUAAAAGUCCCUCAUUUCUCGUAAUUUGUCCCAUUGUCGUGGGAAAAUUAUUAACCAUAAGGUUCAAUUCUUCCAGUUGGCUGAUAUUUUAGAUACAAUGAAAUAAUUCUUUUAUAAAUAAGAAAAAUAGACGUUUUAAGAAGAUAUUUCAUAGAAUCGACAAAAGGUUAUUUCCAAAAAUUUGUUUAUCAGGCUGUGAGUGAAUCCCAAUGUCUUUCGAGAAUGGAGUUGAUCAAUCAAGUGAGAACCCUGAAAGUUCUCAUUGGGAUACCUUGUAUAAAUUGGCGAAUGUCAAUAGAGAAUUUUUCUCCCCGCAUCAAGAUGAAUGUGGAUUGAGAAUUUGUACAGCACACGUUGUAGUACUUGAUAUAAUAAAAGAAUUACGUCCAUUGUACAAAGAAAUUGCAACAAUCGCUCCACAGUAUGAUUUCGACGAGAAUACACCUGGUAAUGGCUACAGAAGCUUCAUUUCUCUGGUCGAUAAGUGUAUUUUACAUUGUGAGGGCAUUUGUCAACAAAUCUAUAAUCUCAGGGAAUCUGUACUCUUCAGAAAAACAAAUUAUAUGAGGGAAAUUGAGGCGUGCUCUCAACUCAUGGCUUCCUUGAGCACCUUUUUGCAUCAUCUGAAAACGCUUCAUACUUGGAGUGAGUUGGGAAUGGAUAAUAGACCCUCCCUAUUUCCAUCAGAGGAGCACAGUCCUCAGGAAUUAUUGGAUCAGGCAGGAAACAUCGAUCAAUACUGUUAUUAUGGGAGGUGUUUGGGUUUUCAAUUCACAGAUAGUAUAAAAUACAUCAUGAAGGUAGUACUUGUAUCUAUGGCCUCGUUUAGUGAAGCUUAUUACACGAAUGGAUCAUUUUUUGGUAGAUGUGCUAACUCAUUGAAAUACGUGGUUGAUCCAGAAGCACGUGCUCGUCGUAUUGUAAAUAUAGCACAAAGAGGAGACGUUUAUUUCUGCAAAGCAUUUUGGUAUUUACAUGACACUCAAAUAGUUCAAUUUGUACCAUUUAUGAUGAUCCCUACAUUGGCGAUCAACCAAGUGAUCUCCAUACCACCUGAACAAAUGUCUAUAUCUUCAGUCAAUGGUGGUCCAGAUGUUCACGUACCAAUUCCAUGCAGUCAUGUUGGGAAAAAACCAAUUCAUGUCAAACUGUGGAGUUCAAAACGUAGAAUAGGAAUGGUUGGUUCAGCAAGGGCUAGUGGUGAACUGCACGGUCCAUCUGAUGUACUUCUGUUUCAUUGUCAUGGUGGUGGAUUCGUUGCAGACAGUCCAAAAGCACACGAAACUUACCUCAGAAAUUGGGUGGUUGCUCUAGAUGUGCCAAUAAUCAGUGUUGACUAUAGUUUGUCUCCGGAAGCACCAUAUCCACGUGCUCUCGAGGAACUAGUAUAUACUUAUGCCUGGGCUCUGAAACAUGCCAAUUCCCUCCUUGGUACUAAUGCCAAAAAAGUGAUACUCAUUGGUGAUUCUGCUGGUGCUAAUUUAAAUCUCGGAUUGACUGCUAAAUGUUUGGAGCUCAAUAUCAGAAAACCUGAUGGUAUUUUUAUGGUUUAUUGUCCAGUUCUUGUUGAGUUUGUACCUUCUCCUUCGAGAAUGCUUGGUCUUACCGACCCACUUUUACCGUUUGGAUUCAUGAUGAGAUGUUUGCGGGCUUAUGUACUUGGGGAUUCUUCAUUGGAUAAGAAGGAUAAGGAUAAUGGCAGUGGAGAAUACUCAAAAUCAGAUACUGAAUCAUUUGCUGAAGUGUCAGAGAGUGAUUUAAUUGCAAUUGCACUCAGCCCACAUGGAGAUAAGGCUGAUGAGAGUCAAUUGGCUUCAUUACCAUCUGAUUCGACUCUGAAUUCUGUCAGCUUAGCUGAAGUUGAUAAUACACAAGGAGCAGAAAUUACCAAAAGCGAAGACAAAAGUGAGACCACUUCUCAGGAGUAUAUUCGAAAGUUUUUAGAUCUGUAUAAGAAUGUGAGCUUCAAGAAGUCAACCACAUCAAUGGCUGAUCAGAGUGCAAAUGAUUUUGAUAAUUCUGAUGGGAAAGGAACUUCGAGUUUUCUUGGAUUUCCUUUUGGCAGGAGUGGAAGCAGUGUUAGAGAGCUUGAUACUGCUUGUACUAAAAGUCCUACUGAUGAAUUCGUUUUCACUGUUCCAAAGGACCCUUACUUGAGUCCGUAUCGACAUUCUGAUGAAGUACUUAGUCAAUUACCGCCAUGUAAAAUAGUCACUUCUGAUUUGGAUCCUUGUCUAGACGACUGCGUCAUGUUUGGCAGAAAAUUGAGAGCCCUUGGGAAUCAUGUUUCAUUGGACAUUGUAACAGGCCUACCACAUGGCUUCUUGAAUCUGGCAGUGGUAUCUAAAGAAGCAGCGGAUGCUUCCGAGCUCUGCAUGAAAAGGAUAAAGGAAUUGAUCGAUAUGUAACUCUAUUCAGCUGGAAAUAUCUCAGCGUCUUUCGGCUAAGGAAAAAAAUAUUAUUCAAUAUUUUAUUGUAAAAAACUGAGCAAGCCAUGAGAGCGCUCGAAUGAAGUAGCUGAGUUUGAUGCAUUUCUUUCUGUGAUUAGACGUGGGAUAAAAUGUAGCGAGAUUUUCGUGCGAAAAUUUUCAUCAAUUAUUUUUUUACAUAUUGAUAUAUUUAUUAUGACGAUAUUUCUUGCAUCUUACGAGUAACUGUACCAGACAAUUACGGUCAAAUUUUGGUGAAGGGGUCUCCUCAGCGGUUUGUAGUGCAAGAUGCUGGAGACACCAAAUUUCGAUUAUCUGUUCAUGGGGACAUUAAAAAACGAUUACCACAAUUUCAAGGAAUUUGGCAGUUUCUUUUUCAAGAUAUGCAAUGCCGAGAAAUGAAAAAUCUUGUUUUUCAAUUUUUGGGGAUGCAUAUCUCGAAAAUGAAGCACACCAAGUGCUUGAAUUUUUGAUCAUCGCAUUCUGGUGUAGGGUGAACAGGCCAAUUGCUGGACGAUUAAGGCAAAUUCAA